CAGUAUGACAUGCAGAUGAGUGCCGUCGAUCUUAGAAUCAACCGCACACUUCACUCAUUUGGCAGUCACGGGGCCAAAACCAGAGUGUGGAGCCACAGUGUGGCGGUGGAGGCAGCAGCAAUGGGAGGCCAUACAGCACCCUAUGACAAAAAAUGGAAACCACCACAGUGUGAGGAAACCUGAAAGUGGCACAUGGCAGAGUGUGGCGAUGGAGACAGCAGCAAUGGGAGGCCGUACAGGGACCCAUGACACACUCUGCACCUGGCAGCAGCAUGAGGAGGCGGUACAGGGGCCCAUGACAGAUUACGGGCCUGGCAGCAGCAAUGGGAGGCCCGUAAUCUGCCAGCACCCUAAUGACAAAAUGGAACCCACCAGCAGUGUGAGGAGACCUGAAAGUGGCACAUGGCAGAGUGUGGCGAUGGAGACAGCAGCAAUGGGAGGCCGUACAGGGACCCAUGACACACUCUGGACCUGGCAGCAGCAA